UAAGUUAAAUCUGCGGAUUAAAAAGUUUAUUUUUCAAAAAGGUUAAAAAAUCAUAAACAAAGAUAAAAUAAUUAAAAACUCCGAUAAAUACAUCUCGGAAGACUUCAUAAAUAGAAUAUAAAUAACAUUUGGAACAUCCUACAAUGGCUGAAUAUCUUGCAUCAAUUUUUGGAACCGAGAAAGACAAAGUAAAUUGUUCAUUCUACUUCAAAAUAGGAGCAUGUAGACACGGUGAUAGAUGUUCUCGUAUUCAUAAUAAACCGACUUUCUCACAAACAGUCUUGUUGCAAAAUUUGUAUGUAAAUCCACAAAAUUCCGCUAAAUCAGCAGAUGGAUCUCACUUGGUCGCAAAUGUAUCAGACGAGGAGAUGCAAGAACAUUAUGAUAAUUUCUUUGAGGACGUUUUUGUGGAACUCGAAGAUAAGUAUGGAGAAAUUGAGGAGAUGAAUGUUUGCGAUAAUUUGGGUGAUCACCUAGUCGGAAAUGUCUACAUUAAGUUCCGCCGUGAAGAAGAUGCUGAACGUGCAGCAAAGGAACUUAAUAAUCGCUGGUUUGGAGGACGUCCAGUUUAUGCAGAAUUAUCUCCAGUUACAGACUUCCGUGAAGCUUGUUGCCGACAAUAUGAAAUGGGUGAAUGUACACGAUCUGGGUUCUGCAAUUUCAUGCAUUUGAAGCCAAUUUCUCGUGAAUUGCGCAGAUAUUUAUAUUCUAGACGUCGUGGACGUGGUUCUCGUUCAAAAUCCAGAUCACCAAAAAGACGUGCAUCAUCAAGAUCACCAAGACCUGCUCGUCGUGAAAGAUCCAGAGAACCUAGAGAACGUGACAAUGCUGGUCGUGAAGGAGGUAGAGAUAAUAAUGGUCGUGAAGGAGGUGGACGUCGUGGACGAUAUUAAAAAAUUUAUCAAGCAUAAUAUUCAAUUGUCAUAAGUCACUGAUUUGUUUGAAUUGGUUUAAUUCGGUCAUCAUUAAUAAAAUGAGUUUAUCAAGCUAAAAAUAACGGCUGAACAAGGUUUGGAUUUCUCAACAGUUUUAUAUAAUUCAAAAUUUUUUGCAAUAAAUUAAUCAGGG